AUGUCCGACAUGCACGCCGCCCUCCAAAAAGCGCGGCACAAACUCCACAACAGCGACAAACCCUGGACCACAUCCCCAAGUCUCUCUCCCACACGCUCUUCCCCCUCCCCACGCUGCACAAACAAUCCCAUCUCACCACCACCCACGUCCAUCCUCCCAAAAAUCGACAUAUCCCCCUUCCUCAACCCCUCCUCCCCAGCCUCUUCGCGCCGCCAAACAGCCCAAGCCAUCAACGCUGCCUGCACAACCUACGGCUUCUUCUACCUCACCGGCCACGGAAUCCCCCAGUCCCAACUCGACUCGGUCAUCAGCCUCGCCCGCCAGUUUUUCGCCCUGCCCUUGUCUGAAAAGCUCAAGAUUGAGCGCCUCGAUGCGGGGACUCGGCAGGGUGGCGACGGCGCACGCGGGUACCAGCGCCUCUGCACGGAUGAUGAGGGUGGCGGGUUGCAGGAUCUACAGGAGGCUGUGGAUUUUUAUGCCGAGUGGCCGGAGGAGAGGCGCGAAGAGGGGGAUGCGGGGCCCGGGAGCGUGAAGAGUCUUCAAGGGAGGAAUUUGUGGCCGAGUGAACCGAGAGGGUUGAGGGGGGUUUACGAAGAGUAUAUCGAGAGGGUGGGGGAGGUGGGGGAGGCGGUGGUGAGGGCGAUGGGAGAGGCGUUGGAGUUGGAGUUGGAGGGGGAGAGGGAGGUUAUUGAAAAGGCGUGUAAGGGGUCGUUUUGGGUUGUGAGAAUGAUUGGGUAUCCGCCUUUGCCUUCUCCUCCUUCUGAAGGGUUUGGUUCUGGGGGUGGGGAGGAAGGGGAAGGGGAGGAGGAGCAACAGCAGUUUUCAUGUGGCGCACACACAGACUACGGGUGUGUUACUCUUCUUCUCUCUGACGAUACACCCAAUGCACUGCAAAUCCAGCUUAAAGACGGGACGUGGCUUAAUGCUGAUCCUGUCCCCGGCGCGUUUGUAGUCAACAUUGGGGAUAUGAUUGAGCGGUGGACGAAUGGGUUGUGGAAGAGUACUCUGCACCGGGUUAUUCAUCGGACGGGGGAUAGGUAUAGGAUUAGUGUUCCGUUCUUCUACGAGCCGAAUUUCUACGCGGAGGUUGCGCCCUUGGAGACGUGUGUGAGGAGGACGGGGGGCAAGAGGGUGUAUGAGAGUAGUGUGUAUGGAGAGCAUUUAUUGACGAAGGUGUUUAGUAAUUUUUAUUAUAGUAAGAGGACGGACUGGUGA